AUGACACUGCAAGAGUCCAACCCUCUGUUUGCCCACGAGCAGCGGCUACGAGGGAGAACGAGAGGCAUUCAAGCAUGUGAUCAGUGCAGGGCCAGCAAGCGCAAAUGCGAUGGUGGACGCCCGGUCUGUGGGACCUGUGCAAAGCGCCCAAGUCGAGUUGCAUGUAUCUAUGAAAAGCCUGCGUCUCGCAAGAGUCGGACAACACGGAGAAUUGAAUUGCUGGAGACCCGUAUCGCCGAGCUUUCUAAAGCUCAACUUGGUGGGGAUGACGAUCUUUCAAACGAGCCUGGGUUUUCGAAUGACGCAGAAACGUUGGCACCCACGACCGCUCAAGUCUUUUCCCCCUCGGUCUAUCAGACACUGGAUUCCUUUCCUGGUUUCCAAGAUCCCGAGAUCUCGUCAUUUAACAACCUGCCGCCAGCCCUGUCUUCGGCCGAGGGAGGGUGGAAAGGAGAGCAAACGACCUCGGCAAAGGUUGAGAGAAGAUUGGGUGGGAUCAGAGUCACUCCAAUCUCAUCCGAUGAACAUGAGAAUGAGAAAGAAAGCGACCGUAUUGACGGCAUGGGGCUUGUAGCGGGGGACAUGACAGACAUUGCCAGUCUGGAUACUGAGCAAAUUGGCUACUUUGGAAGAUCAAGUACGAUCAACUUUGUUGGACAUGUUCAAAGUAUACUUGGGGCGUCAUCGCCUCGUCCUGACGAGACAAGUCCGUAUUCGACGGAAGACAUGCCAAGUCACAACCGCCGAAGGCACCCGGAGUACCCUGAAGAAUACGUGAUUCCACCUCGCAAAGAGGCUGAUAAUUUCCUGAGAAGCUUCUGGGUCAACGUUCAUCCACUAUAUCCUUUCAUCGAUCGAGUCGAGUUCGAUCGCCACUACGAAGAGAUAUGGAGCGCGGACUCAACGGAGAACUCUAACCCAAGCUACGAGUAUUCAGAUCCUCUUUUCUGGCCGCACUCGACAAUUUCAAAGCCUGACAAAAUCCCUGAAUCGAGACGAUUCCACAUCCUCCUCAAUAUAAUGAUGGCGUUGGGUUGCCAUUGCGAUGAUUCUGGCCCAAUCGCGGAUGUGGCUACAAGAAGCCACCUUUUCUGGCUGCGAGCCAAAGGACUACUGGAACGUGACUUUGAUGUCUUCAACCGACCUCGAGUGCAAUUCAUCCAGGCUCUCCUCCUUAUCGCGGUGUAUUUACAAUGUUCUACAGAGCUGACAGGAGCAUGCUGGAAUAUAGCUGGUGUCGCGAUCAGACUUUCUCAGGGAUUAGGUAUCCCCUCGAGUGCCAAAUCCGAGUCGGUCAGACUGCGUCGAAUGCUCGAAACGGAAGGCAAUACAGACUAUGUGGCAACCUUGACAUCUCGAUGGAGAAUCUGGGCAGGCUGUGUCAUAGUAGACCGAACCCUAGCCACAACUUAUGGUCGUCCAGCCAUGAUAUCACGCGGUGCAGCAGACAUAUCCAUUUGUGGGUUCAAUGCUGAGAUGAAUGAAGGGCUAGGGUCACAACAGGAUCCUCAAAUCAGAUCACUCAUCUAUAUGAAUGAGAUGUUGAAGCUCCAUGAAGUGCUCGACUGUGUCACUGUCAAAUAUUCCAAAUCUUGCGGAGAUCAAGACCUCGAGAUGGACCCCACGAAUCGAGCGGCGGAGAAAAGCGUGUUCACUGGACGUUCGCUCAUUUGUCAGAUUGAAAGAGGUGAUUUUGAUGACCUCCUGCAUUCUGAUGCUGCACUCUCCGGGUGGGAAAGUGAAACUCCGCCUGGCAUGAAAAUGCUGUGUGCCCACGAGUUGCACCCAGGAACAGCUUUUGAUCCACGUAUUGAUAAGCAGGUGGUUGCAUUACGUGCCAGAUACCUCUAUGGCCGUGUUCUUACUUUUAGACCACUGCUGCUGCAGAAGAUAGCGAGGAAUAGAGAACGAGUGGUUGAGAAGCGCCACCAGCAAACUGUUAGCUCGAUUUUGACAAAAGCAUUGGUCGAACAAGGACCAGGACUCUGCGUUGACGCAGCCGAGGAAUUGGUGGCGACAAUGGCAUGGGUUCACCAACACAAUAUUAAGGCAGCCAUAGAGCCAUGGUAUACAGUAUUUUACAUGUACACCUGCGCAAUGAUCCUUUUGGUGGAUCGACUCUGCCAGGCAGACAAUUCAAGGACAGAGAGGACGAUCAACAUCUGGAACAGUUGUCUGGAAGUUUUGGAUCGGUAUCAAUCCAAAAGCAGAACUGCGCGCCGAUGUGUGAAGUUGCUCAAAUUAAGCGAGGAGAGUUUCUUCGCAGCCACUCGUGAGGCUCGUCAAGACACCGCUACUCCUGCUAUACCACACGCGAACACCCAGCAUAAUGAAUCGACCAAGUUUGAUACUGGAGCAGGACAGACCUUAUACCAGCAACUGGACAUGAGUGAAAUCUCUCACCCAGAUUUGAUCGACCCAAGAGAAAGCCAGAACGUGGGCGAAAGUUGGUCGAGCCAAUGGACGGAUGAUCAAAUCGAUCUCGCAUGGUUGGGAACCCUGCCUUUUGAUCUUGACUUUGAUGAAAGGUGUGGCGCAUUAUGGUGA